AUGUGUACUGACGUAAUUUACGCCUCGCACGUUAUAAAUAAAGUAUACCUUGGAACGUUAAAUUCUCUUCAAGAUUCGUUGUAACUAGGAGAACUCGACUGGUAGAAGAAUAAAAGAGAUAGUAGAGAAUUGUUGAAAAGGUCCGGGUUCGAGUCUCGACCGACCAUACCAAUCGGACGAUUACAUUCUGGUUACAUAAUGAAAUCGUUGAGACGUCUUCGACAGUAAUGACGAGACUGAAAUUGGACACAGAUAUAUUAUGCUCUGACAUUCUUAUUUUUUAACACUAAAAUUACCAAAAUAAUCAAAAUAAGCAGUUCUUUAAUACUUUUAAUGUUUCAUACAUUUAAAAUAAAAGUUUCCAUUCUUUAUCAUAGAUAUCUUCUUAUUUUUUUUGUACUUUUAUUUGUCUGACAAAUUUGACAACUUUAUUAGAAUAACUGUUAUUGAGUUGCAAUAUACAAAUUAUUUUUAAAAUUGGAAGAAAGUAGAAGCUAAUCUUAAACAAUUACACUUCCAAGUAUUAUAUAAAAUUACUAAAGGAAUUAUAAUUUUGAUGAAAAUUGAAUAUUUCUAUAUAAUAGAAAUUGGUAACAGUUAAAACAGAAUAAUGUUAUUGAGCAAUCUUUGUUUAUACAGAUCCUUAUCUUCGUGACAGCGAUAGUGGGAGCACUCGCUGCACCCCAAGCUAAUCCAAAUGAAAUCACAAUAAUAAAGCAGGAGGAGCAGGACAACAUAGGUGUAGGUGGAUAUCACUUCAGUUACGAGCAGAGCGAUGGCCAAAAGAGGGAAGAAACUGCGGAAUUGAAAAAUGAAGGAACUGACGACGAGUUUCUAGAUGUUACCGGUAGCUUCUCUUUUAUAGCUCCAGAUGGUCAUACUUAUAGGUAAAAAAAAGCAUCAUAAAUUAGUAUAUACUUCCAUAUACUUCCAUAUAGCAUGAACAAAUUAUAUAAAGUUACAUUAAACUAAAUUAGAUAUAAUUGUACAAAGUUACUUGUCAAUUACCAUGUUAAUAUAGUGUUCAUACAAUAAUACAAUUUUUUGACAAUUAUUUGAGAAUUAUUUUUAUUACUAAAAUUAUCAGAAUAACACAUUUACAUUUCAACAUUCUAAUAAAAUUUUUAAUUUAUAAUUAAAAUUUCAUUUGCAAAAUUCUCCAUUUCCUAUCUAUGUGUUAUAUUAUUUAACAAUAUUAUAAAUAUGAUUCAAUAACGCUUAUAACGUGUCCUGGAUCCUCUUGCAAAAUAUUAUAACAAUCAACAAUAUUAUCAAACUUAACAAGUUACAAAAUACAGAUUAUAAUCUAUAAAAUUUACUUAUAUUCAUUUAUUUUCAAACUUAUUAACAUUAUAUAUACCAAGAAUAUUUACUAUAUUGAUAACUUAUAAAAUUUCAAUUUCAAAUUCCACAAAAUUCCACUAAAUUGAAUGUCGAGAAUAUAUCUUUUUGCUCUAAUAAUUAUUAGAGAUAUAUCAAAUGUAUAAUUAUUUGAUUAAAGGGUUGAUUACAAGGCUGACAAGGAUGGAUUUCAUCCCACCAUCGCUCUCGUUUCGAAAUAG